UUUUACUUCAUUGAUAAAAAAUAUAUAUAUCUGGUUUAUUCAUUCUUUUUCAUAUGAAAAGCUGUCAAACUACAGAAAAAAAAACUAAGGCACAUUCCCAGACUGUAUCCUCCAGUUUAAAAUAUAAAUAACUUUAUUGUUAUCACGUUUUAUGUGACAACAAAAUUGGGCGUAUAUUUAUUUUGCAAAAGGAUUAAUGAAUUAUAUUUUACAUGUUUACUUCAAUUCCAAAUGAAUAGUUUCUAUGGCAUGGAAACAAGAAAAGGCUUGAUUAUUAAUAACUGCAUUUUGGGUUAAUUUAAUCAAUGAACCAAAAGUGUACCAAAAUCUCCCAAAAUUAAAAAGCUAAAUUAGUUUUUCAAAACUGGGUGGUUGCGAUUAGUGGCUAAAGAAAAGACCUGGGUGGUUGCUAAAAAACUAAAUUCAUCCUCUGUAAAUUGAAACAGUCAUGGAGGUCAAACAGUGGGACUUUAGAACUAGUGAGGGUCCAGGAAUCUUCUUUUCUUCCUUCGGUUGUUGUGAAUAUUGUAGUGAUGAUUCACUGCUGUGUUUUCACUUCUGUAAAAGAACAAGAAGAAGAUGCUGAACGUACUCAAAUCUGUUAUUUACAAAUAAAAUAAUUGGGUUUUACAAAAACUGCAAAGUGAUAUGAAUAUCCUAAGUUAGAAGAUUGUAUAGCGUUUUGGUUAGAACAUCAUUCGAACCAACAUACAAGUUUCGUAUUUUCAAAGAUGCUCAUUCGAACCAACAUGUUUUCUAUGUUCGAACAUACUGUACCUGUUGUACAUUUCGUUCGAUCUUCAAAAUUAGCUGUGCAACCAUGCGGAAACACUCGGGCAUUGGUGCGUAUUACUGCGAAAAACAACGAAUGCUGAGAUUUUAACACCGUAAAAUAAAUAAGAGGUAUUAAAUAAAAAAUAAAUAAAAAACACUGCAAUUUGAAAAAUGUUAUUGUAGUUUGUUGGAUGUUUUUAGAAGAAAUGGACAUAUAUGGUGAUUAGAGUGUUUUAAAAUGAAGCGGACUUUUCUGUUCUUGUUAAUUGGUUUCACAGGUUCGUUAUGUCGCCCGUUGGAACAUGAACCAAAAAUAACAGAACGAGAAAGAAAGGAACCGAAUGAAAAGAAAGGGACAAUCCGAAUUGCAGGACCAUGGCACUCCGAAAGCGCGUUAGAUCGAAAUGUUGAUCCAGGUGAAGAUACAUACGUGAAAAAGAUCAUCUCUAGUAAUGAAGGAAUUAACUUCAACAAAGACAUGGCUGAAGCUGGAGAGGUUUUUGACGUAAAUGGAAUCGAAGAUUUCUACGAUAAGAAUGCUAUGAUAACAUACGAGGUGAAUGGUCAUGAAAUACCAGUACAUUUGAAACCAAAAUAUACUCCGCAAUCUAAAGGUAUGUUUCCUGAGUACAUGAGAGAAAAUCCUGCAGCCAUGGGGUUAACGAGACAAACGAAACAACACGAUAAAUCGCAGCUAGCCAAUCAGCAUUAUUCAAAUCGCAUGACGUCAUUUUCUGGUUUUACCGACAAAGACAUGCCAGAAUAUAAAGUCCACGAUUCUCCUAGCGUGAAAGGUAGUGACGGAUAUAAUGAAGAAAAGUCGGUCCAGAAAUUUAUAACUACACAUGGCCUACCAAAUGCUAAGUUUAUAGAAAACGGUGGCAAAUUACCUUGGCAAACUGUAGAAUCGUCUGGUCAUUUAAAUAUCGAACAUGCCAAAGAUGCCUACAAUGAUGGUGGAGUUAAACUAAUCGAUCAAACACACCGAGUAUCUGAAGAUGAUUUGGCAAAACCGAAAUCUUUUCACAGUCAUUUAAAUAACGGAAAUGAAUAUUUGGCCGACCACCAUUAUAACGAGGCAAACUUAAAAGGCUAUAGCAAUAACCAUGAAAAUUUUGCAAGUAACAAUAUAGACAAUGCAAAACCAGAUACCAGUAAGCAUUUUUUUAAAAGUUCCCCCCACAAUGAAGAUAUACAUGACGACGUGUCAGAUGUAAAUAAAAAUGCGCAUAUUCUGCAGUACCACCGUAAACAUUCCGAUCGCACGGAAGACGAACACAGCCAACACAUUGAAAGUGAGGACCAGAAAAGCGCAUCCGAAUCAGAGCAUUCAGAUGCUCUAUUUUCCAAACUUGAGCAAUUACAUAAAAGUUUGGAUAAAAGCACAGACAUAUUAGCUCAUCAAUCAGAUAGUUCGCAUGAGCAAGCUGGUUCAAACGAAGAGAGCAAAUCAACGGAAGCCGAGCCUGAAAAGGUUAAAGCAAAAGCAAGAAUUCUCUCUUUACUGGGUGAGUUAUCCGAUAAGUUGAAAGGUAUGGAAGCUGUUGUUACUGGUAAACAUCAUGAUAAGAAUAUUGAAAGUUUUCAGCAGGAUCCCUCAUCAAGUGAAUCAGCAAAUUUUCAUAAGGAUUCCUCAUCUAGUGAAUCAGAUUUUUUUAAAGCUCAUCAUGAAAUCGACAAUGCAAAAGAGGAUGCUGAAGAGGUCAAGCCUUUGCGUAUGGAGCAGUUUACGAAGUUCAAAGAAACCUUUCACGACCAAAGGGCUGCUGAGGUGUCCCACCCACACGUGUCUUCAUCCAUUGCAGAAUCGUCUGAAUCCGAGAGUCCAAAGCAUUAUACACAAAACGCCAUAAAUGUGGUACAUGACGACGAGUCUCGAUUACUUGAACAACACGCUAACGACGAGUCUCGAUUACUUGAACAACAUGCUGACGACGAGUCUCGAUUACUCAAACAGCGAAAGCCUUCUCAUUUUGAAAGAAAUGAUGAAAAGGGUUACGACGUACAAAGUCAAUUUUUUGCAAAUAAUAAACCAUUUCACGAAAACGAAAACAAAAUUUAUGAAGAUAGAUACAGCGAGGAUGAACAUAGCGCGGUCAAGUCCAACUAUGACCAUGCACCGUCCAACAAAUUGCCCGACACUAUAGAAAAAUAUCAGGAAGAAAACAAACCAUUCAUAAUGAACACUGCGUCUAUAGAUUAUAAUCCAGAAAAUAAUGAGGUGAGCGAGGAUAAGAACGUGGAUGGGCGAGGUCAAAAAACAUUGUAUCGUGGCAUGUGGAAGUCACGUGACGAUGAGAAGAAAGAUGAAGAAAAAGAAGAAGAAAGCAAAGACGUGGCAGAAACUUACCAUCGUCAUCACCACCAUCAUGAAGAGAGACAGGAAAGCAUGAAACAUAAGAAUAAAUUCUUUCAUCCUCCUGAAGAGAGAAAAACAGAGGAGAAAGAGGAGGACAGUGAAAGCAAAACAAAAACCGAUGAAGAGACGCCGGAUACUAAAACAGCUGACGAAAGCAAAACGGAGGAGGUUGCGGAAAGUCUAGCGGAUGCAGAUGACGCGGGUAUUCUAAGAGAGCGAACGUUCAGACCGAAGAGCAAUGUAAAAACAGAAGACAUCGAAUACCCAGACUACAAUGAAGUGAAAGAUGCAGCUGUCUUUGAAACAAAUUUGUUACGUAAAAAAUAUCAUGCAGAUAAAAUAAACUGGUCAGAUAAACUUUCUGACAAAGCGCAACAGAACGCAGAGAAACUUGCACGAAGAGCUGACUUGGAUGUUACUAAUCUGGAUUCAUUUAAACAGCCUGGUGAAAACAUAGCCUUAGUAAAAUUUAAUUCACCCAAUGUUGGGAAGGAAGCCACAGACGUUUGGGCGAGAGAGGGUAAAAACUAUGACUUCAGAAGUCCCUUAGUGACUAAGAAAAACACUGAUUUCGUGCAACUUAUGUGGAAAACUAACAAAGAGUUUGGAAUGGGUGUUGCUAAAUCCAAGACUGGGAAAGGAUGGAUUGUGACAUCAUUUUUUGAUACUCCAUAUAUUGAUAGAUUUCAGGAUUUAAGGUUAAACUUGCAAUCAGAUAUUCCAAUUAAAGAUCCAUACGGCGACAUUGUGGGUCGAUAGUCGGUAACAAUAUUCCUGACAUAGUCGGUUGGCAGUCGGCGAUACUGCUGCUUUUAGUAGGCGACAGCCGGUAAUUUAAGCUCUUUUCUCAAAAGCAAAAGAGUAGUAUGUCUUGAUAUUUCUUCUUCAACAGAAACAAUAUGACAAGAAGCAAUAAAAACUAACACAUGCCGAAGAACAAACGCUAUCCUGAUAUCGUAAAAUUAUUAACAAAAAUUCCAUUAUAAAACCGCGUUUUUAAAUAAUCUAGCGAGUUUAAAUAUCUGUAAAUUUUUAACAAACUUUAUCAUUUCUUGGUAAUGUUUUUAUUAUAAUACAUUGUCGAGAAUC